GAACGAAAAAUGAGCAGUAAUAAAACCACCACUGACCAUUCUUGGCAGGAUUCUCUCAUCACUCCUAUCAGAGUAGGUGUCACCUCCAAGAACAAGAUAAAUAAGACCCCCAGGGCCAGUGAUAGUAACGCCUCCAAGACCAAUGAUAAUGACACCCCCAAGAACAAUGAUAAUGACACCCCCAAGAACAAUGAUAAUAAUGACACCCCCAAGAACAACCAUAAUAAUACCUCCAAGACCAAUGACAAUAAUUAA